AUGGCGGACCAACUGACGGAAGAGCAGAUCGAGGAGUUUCGUGAGGCAUUUGUUCUCUUUGCAGGCGAUCGAAGCCCUGAGGAGGAGGCCGAGCUACUGGAGUGGAAGGAGAGCUGCGCGGCCAUCCGUGCUGUGUGGAAUGACGAGGAUCAAUUGGCCGAGGUCUUUCGGCGCGCACUCGCUGGUGGUGGCCUAGCUGGGCUCGGCGAGGGCGAUGAGCCAGUGCUGAUGCCUCUGACCGCUUUCGGCGUGGAGCUUCAGGUCUUGGAUCACGCCGUGCUGGCAACCUACACACAGACCUUCGCCAAUCCAGUUCAGGAGUGCCUGGAGGUCACCUACUCCUUCCCCGUGCGUCCAAAAGCCUCCGUCGCCGCCAUGCGGGCAGAGGUGGAUGGACGCUCAGUUGUGGGCCGUGUAGUGGAGAAAGCUGCUGCUCGUGAUCAGUACGAAGAAGCUCGUGCCCAGCGAAAGGCAGCUGCUCUCCUUGAGAAAGCAACCGGCGACGUGAUGAGGCUGAGCAUCGGACAGAUUUCGCCAGGAAGCCAGGUGGUCGUACAGGUGGAGCUCGUCUGGGAGCUGGCCCAUCUCGGAGGCGGCAGUCUUCGGCUGGGUGUGCCCAUGCUGGUGGGGCCGCGGUAUCCUCUCGGCGUAAUUGAAAUGGAGGAGGCCAUAGCUCUGGACGAGGCUGGACAAGGACCUGGGACAGCUCCAUUCUGGCUUCAUGCGCAGGUUUCCGUGGCCAGCCCGCUUCUCGAGAUCAAGUCCCCGACGCACUCGGCCUUGCAGGUUUCUCUUGAUGGGUGCGAGGCAGAGGCGGCCUUGUCUUUGCCAGCGAUGCCAGACUCCGAGAUUGUAGUCCUGCUCGAGGUCACGGAAGCGACACCAGCUCGCUGCUGGUUGGAAGCCGACGAGGAGAACGAGGAUCAGGGAGUGCUUUACUCUGUCAUCUAUCCGGAGGAGGCAUCUCUCCAGCAUCUCUGGCCCCGCUCAGAAGCAACGACCUUGCCGAAGGAGUUCGUGUUCCUCCUCGACCGUUCUGGCUCCAUGCAGGGAGCGCAGAUUCAGAAGGCAGCCGUCGCAUUGCAGCUUUUCCUCAGGAGUUUGCCCGUGGGAUGUUACUUCGACAUAGUGGGCUUCGGCUCCAGAUGGUCGUCUCUCUUCGGUGGCAGCCGGCCAUACAAUGCGGAGACGCUGCGUAUUGCGAGCGAGCACGUGCAGCAUGUCAAAGCGGACCUGGGAGGGACCGAGCUGAUGGGGCCUUUGACUGCUCUGCUCAGCCAGCCCCCACAUGCUGGCUUCGAGCGCCGCCUCGUCCUGCUCACAGAUGGUCAAGUAUGCAACACAGCAGCUGUGCUGGAGUUCGUCCGCGACAACGCGAAGGCGACCAACAUCUACACAGUUGGGAUUGGCAAUGGCGUGUCGCACGAGCUUGUCGAAGGAUUGGCAGAGGCUUCUGGCGGAUCGGCAGAGUUUGCCGCAGGGUCGGAAGCAGUCGAUGCGAUCGUGGUGCGACAGCUGAGCCGGGCGAUGAAACCGAUGGCUCCUCGCUUGACGCAGGUCUCGUUCCCUGGCCUUGGCUUCGGAGCUGUAGCUCCGGCCUCCCUUUCCGAACGAAGAGGCGGGCACCCACGUGGCAUUUGCUGCCGUGGUGACAGGGUUGUCGUGGCCGCAACCAUUGUGCAGGGGCUCAGCGACCUUUCCUGUAGCGACUUUCAGCUUCACUUCGUCAGGGGCGACGGGCAGCAAGGCAGCCUCAGCCUGCCUGCCGUGCGCCUCCCUCCACGUGGGCAGUUGCGAAAGAUCGUUGGCAAGGCACUGAUCGACGAUGCCUCGACGUACCUUCGGCCGCAAUCGCCGGCGCAGGAGCGGCAGCGGCAAGAACAAAUCAUCGUCGAUCUAGGCGUUGACUUUCAGUUGGCAACCCGCUACACGUCCUUCAUUGCAAUCAGCUCUACACAGGAGCCGCUUGCAUCCAGCCGCUCGGUCAGUGCGAACCGCAUGCUGCCGCCCCGACCCAGCCUGGCUGGUGCAGGCGGAACGAUGAGGACAAAGGAUCUCAAAAGCUUGAUGCACAGCCUGGGGCAGAACCCAACGGAAGCGGAGCUGCAGGACAUGAUUAACGAGGUCGACUGCGACGGAAUCGGGACCAUUGACUUCCCAGAAUUCCUGGCGAUGCAGGCGCGCAAGAUGAAAGACACCGACACAGAGGAAGAGCUUGUUGAAGCAUUUCGUGUCUUUGACACCCGCGGCGACGGCUUCAUCUCUGCAGCAGAACUGCGCAAUGUGAUGACAAACCUAGGUGAAGCACUUGACGAACAUGAGAUCGAUGAGAUGAUCCGAGAAGCAGACGUUGAUGGCGAUCUCUUCGAUGUGGAGGACGCGUGGGAGGCGACACCCGCGCAGACAAGCUCCGAGGUUCAGCCCGAGCUUCUCCAGUCUCUGGUGCUUCUGCAGGCCUUUGAUGGAGCUUGGGACCUGAACGUCGGUUUUGCUGCCCUCUUUCAUGUGGAGCUGGCGAGCUUGGAGCCUCCGGCAGGGCUGGAUUCUCGUGUGUGGGCAUCUGCUUUGGCUCUGGGGGUGCUCGCACAGUGUCAAGGACAGAGCCAAUGG